GCCAAUUAAAUUUAUGGACCUAAAAAGAAUAUCCCACAAUUGUCAAUAUAUUCUUUCAAUACAAUAUUUACGCUUACUACUAACAAUUGGCGAAAUCACAGAUAAAAGUUGGAAGCUAGAAUAUAUGUACCUAUUAUUACUCUUAAAAGUUUAGUUUUGACUAUAAAAACAUUAUGGUGGUGCACAUUGUUAUAGCUGGAGAAUCGCAAUGUGAAAUGUUUGCACAAGUCUGCUUAGUUGCAGAUUAUCUCAAUCAAAAACUUCCUAACUUUUGCUAUAAACGAAUCGAAAAACCUGUACUAGAAUGGGAGGCUUGGUUGUGCAAAAUUACAAAGAAUAAAUGGCACCAUAAAGGAUCGCCUGUUGUGUGGAAGGAAAUAUUAUUGAAGGGUAGCCAGCCUCAUUAUAUUGGUGGAGCCACUGAGUUUUUGGAUUAUUGUCAUUCAUAUUAUGAAUUUGAUUCGUUCUUUGCGUCUGAGAAAUUUGGAGGCCUUGUUGAAAAUUUCAGUCAGUAUCAAAAGAAACUUAGAGAUGAAAAAUUCGAAUUGUCCAAACGAGCACAAAAGCUUGAAAUAACCGAAGAAAUACCUAAGUCAAACUUUGUGGUGAGCAUAAUGGGUGCUGGGAAUCCAUUAACUAUGCAUAUUAUAUCCGGAUUAUUGGAAAUGACUAGUGGUAAACAGAAUAUUUCGAAAAUAUAUAUCUAUGACAACGAUUGUACUGAACAAUUUAUGAAUUUUGUGGAAAAUGAUUGUAGUUUUGUUGGAACAUACAAUCAACAAAAAGUUGUCAAAUAUGUAGAGAAAAUAGGCAUAGCACUUACGCAAACUGAUUUACUUAUAAUAAUGGAUCAUGUGCCGUUUAAAAAUGAACUCGCAAUAGGAGAUUGGCUUCAUGCAAACAAGCAACUUAUGGAAAAUAUAGCUUUAAUGAUAAAUGCUUCUGCAUCACGAAAGAUGUACGUUCUUUUCCCAAAUUUAGGACCGGCUUGUUAUAAUGCUACGGUGCUAAUGAAAAUGGCUAAUAUUAAUAAAAAUAAUAUAGCUGUCGCUACCUCGGAUUUGGGGCUAGAGACACUUGUGCCUGUUGCUGAAAUUGCUCAAGUACCUUUGAAAAAUAUAUUUUGUCCUCCAGUUUGGGGUUUUGUGGGUAUUAAUCAUUUAGUAGAUAUUCGAACUACGGUUCAUAAAUAUAAUUCCUUUGAACCGUAUAACAGAUAUACGAAAGUUAGAAAUUCUACUCUAAAUAUUGGAUCAGUAACUCCGGAAUUGAGAACUAUGGAAUAUCUGAUGUAUUUCGAUGAAUCUUUGUGGAGCAAAGUUGCCGAAAAUAAUGAAAAACGCACCCUUGGACAAGUUUCCAUAAACAAGGCAAUAGCAGUAUUAAAUAUUAUAAAAGUAUGGCUUUUUGAACCACACUUAGAUCAAAUUGUUAAUUUAGGUAUACGGUGCAACGGUUCAUUUGGAUUGACAUUUGAUGGUGCGUUUUCUCAACCUGCUCAAUUUGUUGACGGAGAAUGGACACCUGCCAGCAAUUUUAUGCAACCAAGAGAUUCGCAGAUGAAAUUGCCGUAUUUACAACAAAUAGCAGAGCUUAUGAUGAAUUUGAAAAAACGAGAAUUGCCCCAAAUUAUUCCUGUUUAUCAAUGUUAUUGUAGACCUAAAUUUUAUAAGAAAAAGCAUGUAUGGUAAUUUUAGUAUCGAUACCAAAUGUCAUCGCACGAAGCUAAUCGAUGUUUGAACGAAGGCGCGGAGUGUUUGAUCUUCAUCCUGUUUUUGAACGAAAUCAACGAACGCCGUUCAUUUCAUUUAGUACACAGCAACACUAGUGCCACUCGGGAGGUUGGUGUUGUUGGUUGUAUUACUUCGAGGAAGCAGGAAUGUUAUGACGUGCAGUACUGCCUUUGUUUCGAUAGUAUACAGUUUUGAUUUAAUCCAAGAAUUCAACAAUAAUGUGAUAUAGAACGCACUAUGUUUACGUGCGGUCGUAUGGCGACAUGAUUCUUUCCAAAGUAUGAUCGUGCCAAUAGGAGUUAUUAGCAUAGUUAGGUGCCCGUAUUGGUUAAGUUGUGUGAAUGUUGUGCCAAUAAUGAGAUAGUGGAGUGUUGUGAUGUGGUUAUGGGACAUGUGGGGCGUGCUGUGGGCCGUGGGGGCUGUGGGCCGGCUGGAUGGUAGUGGUGGCUACGCCGUUGGAGCCCGCGCCGCUGGUCCCGCAAGGUGAGAGGUGGAACCUUGCCUCCUACGCUCCGCGCUUGCCGCUGUCUUACUAUGCAUGCGCUUGUGCACCAUAAUAUAAUACCUUACACACAUUUUGGCACAAUUGUUGUCAAUGUUUACAUUCGUUUAAAAACUGUGUAUAACUUUAUUUAGGUUUGAAAUAAACAUUUAAUUACAUUCUUAAA